ACCAAACGUCAAACGGACGAUCUCUUCAAGCGAGUUUUGCACGACGUCGGCGGAUUUCCACGUCCUUAACUUUCCUUAAUUUUAGGUAAUUUUAUUACUUGAAAAGGACGAAAUUUUACAUUUUUUUCAAGCUGCCCAGCUCAGCAAUGGCCAAGUGAGCGUUUUGCGAGUGUGUUUCGAGAUUGUGCUUGGGUCGCGAGUUUAAAAUUUUGGAGGGAUGACGUCGACAAGGUUUCUGCUGAUGCUGGCAGGAUUGGCCGCGGUCCUGGUGCUGCUUCCGGCGGGGACCGCUGCGCACGGCUGGGGCUCCGACGACAUGGAGAUAUUCGAUCUGGUCGAGGAGGUCAACGAGAACUUUUACACCAUGAUGCAGAUUAAUCAGAACGCUACGAACCAGGAAAUCAAGCGAGCCUUCCGAACGUUGUCCGUGGUGCUGCACCCGGACAAGAACGACGCCGAGGACGCCAACAUCAAGUUUCGCAAUCUGGUGUCGGUGUACGAAGUGUUGAAGGACGCCGGCAAGCGGGAAAAGUACGACAAAGUGCUCAAGGAGGGUCUUCCCAACUGGAAGUCGGCGCUGUGGUACUACCGGCGCGUUCGCAAGGUCGGCCUGGCCGAGGGCGCGGCCAUCCUGUUGAUCGUUGCGACCGUGAUGCAGUACUUUAUCUCGUGGGCAGCGUACGCCGAGAAGAAGUACACGGCGGAGCAACUCUUUGGCAGCAAGUUGAAAAAGCUCCAGAAGAGGAAGCAAACGAACGUGGAUUUGGACACGAUUUUGAGUGAAAUACCCACGCCGAGCGUGUUCAACACGUUGCCGUUCCAGAUUCCGCUUGGGCUGUACCGGAUGGUGACGGGAGCGCCAGGCGCGGUCAAGUCCGCCGUUAACUUUUACGCCGAGCAGAAGAAGCUGGAGGAGGAGCGGAAGUUGAGAGAAAAAGAAGAGGAGGAACUGCUCCGCAAACAAGAAGAGGACCGCGCCCGUGAGCGCGAGAACCGCACGCUUCGCAAGCGCAACAAGAAGUUCGUCGCCCCGGAAAAGACCGACGCCGAACUGGCCGCGUACAACCAGAGUGCCAUCCAGCGGGGCGACGAUUCCGGUGCCACCACCGCAAAGCCCAAACCCGUGGUCAGCGGCGGGCUCUGGACCGAGGACGACCUGACCGAGCUGGUCCGGCUGGUGAAGAAGUACCCGGGCGGAACGACGGACCGGUGGGAGGUGAUUGCGGAGUUGAUGGGCCGCAGCGUCACCGAAGUCACGUACAUGGCGUUCAAGAUGAAGGACGGCGGCUACAAGAUUGGCCAGCCGGAAAGUGUCGCGGAAAACAUCAUCCAGGAGGCGGCCAAGCAGAAGGUCAAGACGAAAAAGAGCGCGGAAGUGGCGCCCGAAGUGGACGGGAACGCCAACUGGUCCCAGGCGCAGCAGGCGGCCUUUGAGCAGGCCAUCCAGAAGUAUCCCAAGUCGGGUUCGUCCGAUCGGUGGCAGAAGAUUGCCGGAAGUGUGCCCGGCAAGAGCCGGGAAGAGUGCAUGGCCCGGUACAAGUAUCUGGUGGAGUUGGUGAAGAAGCAGCGCGAGGAGAAGGAGAGGGAAGCGAAGGGGGAGGCGGAGGCGGAGUGUCCGGUAGUGGAGCGGGAAGCGGCGUCGGUGGUGGAAGAGAAGCAGGAGGGUGGUAAGGCUGGGGGAAAGGCCAAGGGGAAGAAGAAGGGGAAGCAGCAGCAGCAGGUGGAUGAUAAUGGAGCCGAGGAGGACCACGAGGAGGGUGAUAAAGAGAACUGCGAAUCAGCUGAUAAACCAACGGCUGGUGGUGGCAAGGCCAAGAACAAGCGGCGGGAACGCAAGAAGCAGAUUGAGUACUACAGCUACGACGAUUCGGACGACAAUGGCGGUGACGACGACGAUGCUUGAAGCCAGUCAGUGACCAACGGGCGCGCACAUUGACCAUCCGUGAAACCUCGUGUUCAACCCAACUAUAAGAAGAAGAAGAAGACUUACUUACUUUAAAAGAGCAUUUCCGUGUACUUGUGUGUAAAAAGAAGAAAAAUAAAACGAUGCACUUUAGCUUUGGGACUUAUGAGGGAGGUCGUCGUGUAAGUAGAGACUGUAAUCUGUGAAAUAAACGUGAAUUGUUGCACAAAA